AAUGAUCUUUGAGAGAAUAAUGUUAUCCAGAAGUAAGUGCCAAGUGGCACAUAAUUGAUCUUCAGGAUUUGCCAACCAGAUGAAUGAUAGUACGUCGGUGCCUACAUGGUAACUUCUUACAUUAAGUCCUCUGAACCAACUCAUCUCCAUAUCCCUACAGAGAAGCCUGUCACCAUGCGAAGCAGCCUGACCCUGGUGGGAACUCUCUGGGCCUUCCUGUCACUUAUUACUGCUGUGGCCAGUUCUGCCAGUUACUUUUUGCCUUACUGGCUCUUUGGGUCACAGCUAGGGAAGCCAGUGUCCUUCAGCACAUUCCGUAGGUGCAACUACCCUGUGAGGGGAGAAGGGCCCAAUCUGAUCAUGGUGGAAGAAUGUGGGCGCUAUGCCAGCUUCAGUGCCAUCCCAAGCCUAGCCUGGCAAAUGUGCACAGUGGUGACAGGUGCUGGCUGUGCUCUACUACUCCUGGUGGCACUGGCUGCUGUUCUGGGCUGCUGCAUGGAAGAACUCAUCUCCAGAAUGAUGGGACGUUGCAUGGGAGCAGCACAAUUUGUGGGAGGACUGCUGAUAAGCUCAGGCUGUGCAUUAUAUCCUUUAGGAUGGAACAGCCCAGAGAUAAUGCAAACAUGUGGAAAUGUCUCCAAUCAAUUUCAGUUAGGUACCUGUCGGCUCGGUUGGGCUUAUUACUGUGCUGGAGGAGGAGCAGCAGCAGCUAUGUUAAUCUGCACCUGGCUUUCAUGCUUUGCUGGGAGAAACCCAAAGCCUAUUGUAUUAGUGGAGAACAUCAUGAGAAAUACCAAUUCUUAUGCCAUGGAGCUUGACCACUGUCUCAAACCUUGAUCUUUGAAAGGAGACUGAUUAGCAAGGGUGGGUAAGGGGAAUGAAAGGAGCUCUGAAAGUGGUAUUAAGCCUAAGUCAGUUGGCAGCCAUCUACCAGUAGUAUAGCCUAGUGUUUGCAUGCUUUUUAAAUUCCUGCAUUAAUUUCCACUUUCUCACAAACCAGUUAGUCAG